AUGGAAGUGCAAGUGACCACCUUGGCAGGCGACUGCCUGACCUUCCGAUGCAAGCGAUGGACCUUGAGGGAUUUGAAGGACGCCAUCAAGCGAGCGACAGGCAUCCGCAUGCGAGAGCAGCGGCUGAUUUCAGGAGCGCAGGAGAUGCACGAAGAUGAGCUCUUGACAGAUGGGCUGCAAUUGACCUUGAUCCGACGUCCCCUGGAGCAGGUUCGAAUCCUAGAGGAUUUGGAGGAUCGUGAUGCGAAACGCGUAUUGCAGAAGGUGCCGGAGCAGUACCGUGCAGACCGGGAAGUGAUGCUGGCAGCUGCAGCGAGUGAUGCCUCGUGCAUUUCUUUGGCAGACAAGACGUUGCGAGAGUGCAGGGACUUCAUUUUGGCCGUGCUGAAACGCAAUGGAAUGGUCUUGAAAUUUCUGGAUGCUGCGAUGCAAGAUGAUCCAGAGCUGUGCUUGGCAGCUGUCAAUCAGAACGGCUAUGCGCUGCAGCAUGUUGCAGCGCGCUGCCAGAGCAAAUCCUUAGUCUUGGCUGCUGUGAGCACUGACGGAGAAGCUCUGCAGUUCGCCUCGCAGUCCCAGCGCGCAGAUCAGGAAGUGGUAUUGGCGGCCGUGGAGCAAUACUCCUGGAGUUUCCAAUAUGCCACGGAAGACUUGAAGUUCAACCGUGAAUUUUUGCUCCUGACCAUGGCUUGCAACGGUCGAGCGCUGCAGCAUCUGAGUGAUGAGUGGAAGAAGGAUCCUGACAUUGUUCUUGCCGCGGUCUCGGAAUUUCCUGGCGCCUUGCGUUUUGCAGACCCAGAGUUGCGGAGCUGCAAGCCUUUCGUCUUGGCUCUUUUCCAGCGAAGAGCGUGCACACUGAAGUACCCUGUGGAGGAGCUUUGGGAAGAUCGUGACUUCGUCCUGCAGGCAGUGCAGAUUCAGAGCUCGGCAUUCCAAGCGGCCAGCGCAGCCUUUCGCGGGGACCCAGAGAUUGCCAUGUUGGCGGUGCAACGACAUGGUUAUACCUUACAAUUUGCCUCCACUGAGCUGCGUGCGGAAAAGAAGAUCGUGCUGGCGGCGGUGCGGCAAUAUGCUUCGGCCUUGGCAUCUGCUCCCAAGCUCCAGGAGGACCGAGAGGUGGUGGAAACAGCUGUGCGGCGGAACGGCUGCAGCUUGAGAUAUGCUGCGCAAACCUUGCGAGAAGACAAAGAAAUGGUGCUACUGGCAGUGAGGCAGCAGGGCUUUGCUUUGCAGUUUGCUGGGGAGCGGCUGCAGUUGGACCAAGAGGUCGUCCUCGAAGCACUUCGCAGCGAUUUGUCAAGCCUGGAGCUGGUGAGAAGUUCUUUGUGGCAGGACGCUGGUUUCAAGGCUCAGGUGCGCCGGCUCUUUGGCGAUGAUCCCGAUGUGGCCACCUUCAUGGGCUGCUCAGUGAAGCGCCGAAGGCUGCUGGAAUGA